CAUCCAUUAACCAUCUCAUGCAACUGCCCUCCAAAUCACAAACACUCAUUUUCCUUCAAUUUGUCGGCCAAGCAAUCGCAGGUAGCCAUGGCGGAGCAGAUCGAAGUCGUCUUGAACAAACCGAAAAGGAAUAUGUACGCUUUGCUUAUCUCUGUUAUGGCUUCCAUGACAUCCAUACUCCUAGGCUAUGACACUGGGGUCAUGAGUGGUGCCACGCUGUACAUAAAACGGGAUCUGAAGAUAUCGGACGAGCAGAUCGAGAUCCUUGUGGGGACCAUCAACAUUUACUCUCUGUUGGGGUCCGCAAUGGCCGGCAAGACCUCCGAUUGGAUGGGCCGCCGGUUUACGAUUGUGGUGGCGUCAGUGAUCUUCUUCGCCGGAGCCGCCAUAAUGGGGUUUGCCAACAAUUACGGAGUGCUGAUGACGGGGCGCUUUGUGGCGGGUCUCGGAGUCGGGUAUGCCCUCAUGAUAGCGCCUGUCUAUGCGGCUGAGGUGGCGCCGGCGUCGUCCCGUGGCUUCCUCACUUCAUUCCCGGAAGUCUUCAUCAAUUUCGGUGUUCUAUUGGGAUACUUAUCAAACUACGCCUUCGCGAAGCUUCCUUUGAAACUGAGCUGGCGCAUGAUGCUCGGAGUCGGGGCCAUCCCUCCUAUCUUCAUCGCCCUCGCCGUCAUCAUCAUGCCCGAGUCCCCUCGUUGGCUAGUCAUGCAAGGCCGUCUCGCCGACGCCAAGCGGGUCCUCGACCGCACAUCCGACUCUCCCCAAGAAGCCGAAAUGAGACUCGCCGACAUCAAGCAGGCCGCAGGCCUCCCCGACCACCUCAACGCCGACACCGUACCCGUCCCCAAACACACCGGCCACAAGGCACAAAACGUGUGGAAACAACUCUUCGUGAGCCCCACACGACCCGUCCUCCACAUCACCAUAUGCGCCCUCGGCCUCCAGUUUUUUCAGCAGGCGAGCGGGAUCGACGCAGUCGUGAUGUACAGCCCGAGAAUCUACGAGAAGGCGGGAAUCACUAGCGACGAGAAGAAGCUCCUCGCCACGAUAGCUGUCGGGAUCUGCAAGACCAUCUUCAUCCUCAUCACCACGUUCAUGGUCGACAGAAUCGGACGCAGAGUCCUUCUGCUCACCAGCUGCGGAGGCCUGGUUUUAUCCAUGCUCACGCUCGCCACUGGCUUAACAGUAAUCGAACGUCACGAAGGAGUAUCCAAUAACUUGGGAUGGGUUGUCGUGAUAUGUGUUCUCAUGACGUACACGUCUGUGGCGUUCUUUUCCAUGGGGAUGGGCCCGAUUGCAUGGGUCUAUAGUUCGGAGAUUUUCCCUCUGCAUUUGAGGGCUCAGGGUUGCGGGUUGGGUGUGGCCAUUAACCGAGCCACGAGCGGUGUUAUUCUCAUGACGUUCAUAUCGCUCUACAAAACGAUCACCAUUGGGGGGACGUUUUUCUUGUUUAGUGGUGUUGCGGCUAUCACUUGGAUCUUCUUCUUCACGUUGUUGCCGGAGACGAGGGGGAGGAACUUGGAGGAUAUGGAGGCCUUGUUUGGCGAUUUCUUUAACUGGAGGAGGACUAUGAAAGAGUUGCGGGACAAGGAGGAUGUCUCACAUGCCUAA